UUUUGCUUGAAGAGAUGAGGAGUUCUUACUUUUCAGGAGAUUUGGAUUUAAGUUAGAAGAUUUAUUAAACAAGGCAUUUUACAGUCAAUACCGGCUUCUGUUAACCUGCAUGUUGCUGGAGCUGUUUAUAGGAUUUAAUUGAUUGCUUAUAUUACUGUGUCCUUGGGAAAAUUGGGGCAGUAAAAGGCACUUUUCAAGUUUUUUUGGAUUCUGUUCAUAUACUAUAUACAGAAGCAAUAAAGAAGACAUUAAGUAUUCAGUACAAUUUUGGCAUUUCUGCUGUUACUUCAGUAAAUGGUCAACAACCUCAGCAGGACACUGAGGAAUUCAGGAACGCUUGGAAUGCUGAAGCUCCUUCAGGGUCCUUAUAACACAACCUGUAUUUGAGCUCUGCAGGAAUUGGACAUUGCUUCUUUAAAACGUUCAGUCUGGCUCUAUUCCCAGCACUGGAAAAAAGCCAAAGGAAAAGCACCUCUUCCUCCAGGAGACGCAAAAAACAGCGAGAGUUCCCCAUCUUUUGAUUCAGCGGAUAUCACUCAUUUUAACAUGGAACAGAAAGAGAACAUAGAUAGAGAUGUUGAACUUACAGUAGUUCUUCCAGGGGAGAGGACAACAUCCACCAUUGUUAGUGGCAGCAAACCAAUGAUGGACUUGCUGAUUCUUCUAUGUGGACAAUAUCAUUUAAAUCCAUCAACUUACACUAUAGAAGCAAUUUCAUCAGACAAAGGUCAGCUCAAAUUUAAGCCAAACACACCAAUUGGCAUGCUGGAAGUAGAAAAAGUGGUUUUGAAAUCGAAAAUUCCUGAUGACAAAAACAAAAAAUCUGGUCCUGUAAUACCAGAGCAAAGUGUUCGACUUGUGAUCAACUACAAGAAAACCCAGAAGACAAUCAUGAGAGUCAGCCCACACGCUCCACUUCAGGAUAUCAUUCCCUCUAUUUGUAAUAAAUGUGAUUUUGACCCUCAGCAUACUUUGCUGUUAAAAGAUUAUCAAUCCCAGAAGCCGCUGGAUGUAACAAAGUCUCUGAAUGAUCUUGGUUUAAGGGAACUAUAUGCAAUGGAUACCAGCAUAGCAACGUCUCCUACAGACUUUAGGAUACCACCUUUACAAGAAUCCUGCCAGAAUGUAGAAACAAAAGCUAAUGAUGACAAAGGGUUUUUCAACUUUUUUCGAAGGAGUAAAAAGAAACGGGAUCAAACCUCUAGUGCUCCUGCAACUCCACUGCUUAGUAAAUCAAGGCCACAAAAUGUUGUAAGAGCAAAUACAGUUUCCAAAUCGUAUGAUUCAAACACACUGCCUUCCGAUGUGCCAAAGAAGAGGAGGGCGCCUCUGCCUCCUAUGCUGACCUCAAACAACAUUUCCCGCCAGAUGCGGACAUCUUCUUGUGUUGUGAAAUCUGUCACUGUUGAUGAAAGUGAAAAGGUUCUUCCAGGAAUUGAUAGAUCAAGAACUGGUUCUUUACCACACAGAGGAUCAUCUUCCUUAAACUCUUCACUCAUGAGAACAAAGAGGAAAGCCCCUUUACCACCUUCACCACCUCCAAAAACAAGUCAGGAGUUAAAUGAUGAGAACAGUAAUGAAAUCGCACAUGUGUCUGAAGAAAUUAUUCAGGUGGACAAUUCUACUGAAAAUGAAAGCCCCAAAAUGGUAUCUCCAACAGAUUUAUCUGAACAUAAUCUGGAAGAGGUAGCAGAAGAUGAAGUAAGCUUUAGUCACCAGGAGGAGUACACAGAUGCAAAAACUGAAGACAUUUCUAUCUCCUCUGCAUCUACUGAUGUAAUGACAGAACCUGAGACACAGAAUUCUUCUGUAGUGUCUGAUACGGGCAGAAGCAUGAAAAGUUCAGAAGAUGACCUUAUAACAGAAAUUAAGUCAAUUCCAUGCCAGACUGAAGAUGCAAAUGAAAAUAAUUUAACUGAACAUGACAUCAAAGAUCACAGAGAAAAUGAGAUAUCGACACAAUCCUCAGAGUUAACGGAUAAUAUCCAGUUAUUUGAGAGUAAAGCAAUAAACACAGAACCUGAAAGCCAGACACUGUCAGAUAUCCAGCACAAUGAAAAUAAGGACACAAACAUUCCUGAACAUGGCCAAAUAGAAAGUAAAGAGGAUUUUAACACAGAAAAGGGAAAAACUCAAGACUCUGCUGUUCAGACGGUUGAUUUUUACAGUGCUAUUGAGGUGGAGGCAGAAAAGGAAGCUUCUUGUUCUUAUAAUUCUUCAACAACAUCUUUGAGAGGUACAGACUUGCUCUAUGAAGCUGAUAGCCAAAUAUCUCAGCAGGUACCAUUUUACAAUCAUCAACAUGAGGUGUCUGGAAAAGAAGCAGACAGGCAGGAAAUUGUUGAUCUUAAAAAGGAAAUAACACAUGUUAAAGAAAGUAUGGACACUCAAACUGUUGUUAAGGAAAGUGUUGGGGAAAGUAAAUUGCAUUCACUAUCAAAAAGUAACCAGUUGCAAAGACAGAAUACAGAGCCUAAGCUUAAGCCUUCCAAUGAAAUAAGAAGAGACUACCUACCCAAGUAUGGAAUGACAACCUACAAAAUUGUGCCACAAAGGUCCUUUGAUGUAGAAAGGUAUGUUGAGCAUAAUGACUUACAGGACCCUAAAAAAUUAGAUUCUUCUACAUUAACUCAACAGACGCUAUCUAGUCAAACUGUCAGUUACACUAAAAACAUUUCACCUGUCGUUCCAAAUACCGAACAUAAUGAAUGUUCAUUACUGAGAAAUGGAAACCAUACUACUCAAGACACUUCAAAUAUUUCUACAAGUCCAGUGUCUAAAAAUAUUGAAGUGCCUGUUCGAAGAGAGCAUGUUCCAAUUAUAAAAAGUUUAUCUUCAGCAUCUGGUCCAAAAAAUACCUCUGAACUUAAAUCGAAAGAUAAUUCAUCUGGUUCUGUAAAAGCUCCAAGCUCAUUUUAUUUGCAGAUGCAGAGACGAGCUUCAAGUAUGUAUGUGACCUCUGCAAUUGCUAAAAGUGCAAAAAUAUCCACUAGUGUUACCAAUAACACUGCUAAACUUAAAGAUAUAGGAAAAGACAUGACCCAAGUAUCAAUUAAAACACUUCCCUCAAAGAUAGAUGUUGUUCAUUUGCCCUUAAAAGUUACUGAAAAAAAUUCUGAAGCCAUGCAGACAAUUUAUGAAAAACCUUCAGAUUCAAAGAAUGAGGUUCUUGAAACAAUUAGUGAAAAAUUGUUUGAAGUCAAAUCCCAACCUCAUUUAUCUCAUGCAAUAGUUGAAAAGCAUUCCAUGCCUAACAAAGAAAAGUGUGAAGUCUCUUUAAUAAAUGUUUUGGAAAACUCUCCUGAGCUUGUAUCAUCUCAAGAUGAAAAUCGAAAUGAAAAUUAUCUCAGACCUACUGAUCUAAAAAUUUAUGAAUUGACACAACCUGAGUCGAUAAAAGAAACAUCUACAACAUCCUUUAAUGAUAAGUCUUCUAAUGAAGCCUGCCAUGAACAGAAUAGUGAAAGCUUCUCUAAGACAAAAACGGUGAGAUCUUUAAGCUCGCCAACUGGACAAUCUGUUCCUAUGAGCUUACAAAAAUUAAGGACUUUUGCCACUCCAAGGCCAUUUUCAAGUAUUAAUGUUUCCCCAUUUACUUCUGCUGUUUCAACAGCAGUCAAAAGAUCUCAGUCCUUUAGUUCCAGUACCUCACCCGUCAAGGAGACUACAAAAGUUGACACUAUUUCCGGGUGGGCCCCAGUAACAUCUCCAACUGAAAUCAAGAAUGAGUCUACAAUGUAUUCAGGAAAUCCAGGGGAGGAGUCUUUGGAUAAGGAGACACUAACCCAUGAACUAAAAUACAGAGUACAUAGCCCACCUCCAACUGUUGAAAAGAAAGUAGCUGUACAUUUUCAAAGCUCUGAUCCAGAACUCAUACGCCAGAGUUUGCUGGAUGCCAUUCGCUCGGGAGAAGCAGCUGCCAAUCUAAAGAAGAUUACUGUCCGGUCUAACACUAUAUCCAUAAAUGGAAGAUCCAGGAUCAGUCACCCGGUCUUUUCAGAGACGCAGCAUGAAGCAUAAAAUCGCGCACCAAAUAUUCUAAAUUCUAAUUCUGCUAGAACUGCAUAGUAUCAGUUUAACUUUUUUUCAGGUAAAUUAUAGUACAUAUUAAUAUAUUAAAAUAAUAUGCAAUAGCAUUACUGUACUUAAGCAAAUGUUGAAAAAAUAUAUUUUUGGUUGUAAUGACCGGGUGACCUGUCAAUUGUAAUUGCAAAAAUAAGAUUAUGUUCUGUUGACAGAUUAACCUACUUUGAUACUAAGAAAUCUCUAGUAUGGUAUUUACUGCAAGACACAUUGUAAAAUAAUUUUGGAAUCACUGCUUUUAUUUUAACAAUUGCAAGAUGUAAUUUUUCUGUUAAGCAGUAGAAUUGAAUUUACUGUAUAUAACUGCCAUUGUUGCCUUGUUAUUGCCUGGUUUAAUAAAUACACCUCUGAUUUGUAAUGUUGAAGCUAAACUAUGAUUAAAAAAUUAGCAUACGUUUGUAUGGUAUUCUAACUGGGGACAAAAAAAAUAUCUAUUUUUUGAUUUAUAUGUUGCUGUUUUCUUUGUUUUGUUAAUAUUUUGAAUAUGUGAACAUGACAAGUGUUUAUUUUACGUUACUUUACACACUUAAAAAUAUAAAUAAAAUCACUCUUUUCUUCACUUUAACAUAGAA